AUUUCUUUAAUUUAUUUCUAGGAGAAGUUACAUCCAAGAAAUCUUAUCCCAGAGCUUUGUAGACUGUUUUAUGGUUUGGGCUGGGUAACAGGAACUGGUGGAGGAAUCAGCUUGAAACAUGGGAAUGAAAUCUACAUCGCUCCUUCAGGAGUCCAAAAGGAAAGAAUACAGCCAGAAGAUAUGUUUGUCUGUGACAUGAAUGAACAGGACAUCAGUGGUCCUCCACCACACAAGAAACUAAAGAAAAGCCAGUGCACACCUCUUUUUAUGAAUGCCUACACCAUGAGAGGGGCAGGUGCAGUGAUCCAUACUCAUUCCAAGGCUGCUGUUAUGGCUACCCUUCUUUACCCAGGGAGUGAGUUCAGUAUUACUCACCAGGAGAUGAUAAAAGGAAUCCAGAAGUGUACUUCAGGAGGCUAUUACCGGUAUGAUGAUAUACUAGUGGUUCCCAUUAUUGAGAAUACACCAGAAGAGAAGGAUCUCAAGGAAAGAAUGGCACGGGCACUGGAAAAAUACCCAGACUCUUGUGCUGUAUUGGUCAGACGUCACGGAGUUUACGUAUGGGGAGAAACAUGGGAAAAAGCCAAAACGAUGUGUGAAUGUUACGAUUACUUGUUUGAUAUCGCAGUGCAGAUGAAGCAGCAUGGGCUAGAUCCUUCAAAACAUCCAGCAGGAGAAAAUGGGAUCUUGUAAAUGACAGCAACAUUUAUAUUCAGGUUUCUUACAUGAUGAUGGAAAUUCCAGAUUCUACCUCACACUGUUAAAACCAGAAGGGGGUGCAGUUAUACUUGGCUGACUGACAGAUGUUAGCAGUCAGUUUUGACUGUUAAACACAUCCAAGAAGAAAAAGAAGUUAAAACAAACAAAAAAAAAGCUGAACAAUCAUUGCUAUUUAUGAAUCCUGUCAAAUGUACAGUAGGAGGAAUGAAGAUUCAGAUGAAAAAAAACAACUUUGAAAAAAGCUAUGGAGAACUAAUGCAACAUUUUGUUUGCGUGCUUUAAAAAUUCAUAUUUCGAUAACCUGCAUUUGUUGAUACUGCUCUACUGCUACAUCAUUUAACUUGUUCUAGGUCUCCAUUUCUGAAAGUUACAGUACCCUUUAUUCUUAGGGAAAAAAGUGAAAACAACCCCUAAUUAGAAGCUAAGUAUAAAGUUUAAAGCAUUGUUUAAACUGUUGAUUCAUUCAUGCGGUGUUAUUAGGGGUUUUUUUAAAUUAAGCCUGUAGCAUAGGUAUUUUUAAAAUUCUCUUAAUUGUCAUUAUAAUGAGUAGGAAACAUAAUUUUAUAGUGUGAAUUUAGAGGUUGUUACUGAGAGACUACUCUGGGUCUUGUCUGAUUUUUACUUCUUUUAAUUCAUUUCACUUUCAAUAAGAUUAUGUUUAUUACAACUUUAAAACAGCUUUUUAUGACCUAUAAUUAGCCAGCCUAAGAUAGAUGUAAUCAUACUGCUCAUUAAAAUAUAGUCUCA